UUUAUCAUAGCGUGUUUUCUAACUCAUAAUAUUUACACCCUGCACGCGUCUGACCUGUUAUCAAGAUACCCUUCGUCUUGAUUCAGUUCCAGAAAAAUGCCCCUACAAAUUAUUGAAGGGAUGUCCAGCAGGAAGCGGAGACCAAACUGGACAGACCAGGAGUGUCUUCUUCUUGCUCAGCUGAUGCAGGAGAGGAAAGACAUAAUCAGAGGAAAGUGCAGCACUGGAGUAUCAAUACAAGAUAAAAGACAAGCCUGGGAGGAGAUAGCCCAAGCUAUUAAUAAUGCCUUUCCACAGAUUCAGCGCACAGUCUCUGACUGUAACAAAAAGUGGGAAAACCUGCUUGCAAAGUCAAGGGAAGAGAUCAAACGACAGAAAAGGCAAGCAAGUGCAGGUGAGGGCCUGUCCCUUGAACAGCUCAGUACUGUGACCAAACUAGUGAUUUCUGUGAUGAACCUGUCAGACAUACUGCAACAGGACAGAGAAGACUCUCCAACCUUACAGUUGAUGGAAAAUCAACAAAACAGCUGUGAUAAAAAUGGAAGCGACCACACAGUAGGUGAAAGAUUUGCAGACAAACAUCAACCGACAGAUCUUGAGCUUCCAGCAUGUGCUUCAGAUGUAGCCGCCUCUCCACCUGAACAAAAACUGACUGCUUUCACUAACAUCCCUAAGUCACUCGCAGUACAGUUUAGUACUCCUUGUUCCACUGUCUUCACCGCCUCUGGAGAUCAACCGGGUUCUCCCUGCUCUACUUCUACACCUUCAGUGCACUGCACAACUUUACAAGAGAGAAUGGAUUUGGAAAUGUCUGUGCUAAGAAGACAAGAGGCCGUCCUCAAGCUGCAAGAGGAAUAUUAUACACUAAAAAUUAAGCUGAUGAAGAAACAAGUGGAAGACCCACCUCUAAAAGACUGAAGGAGUUAGAAGAUGACCUGUUGCACCUGUUUGUGACUUGUGCCUGCCUGUGAAAUGUGACCAACAAAAAUAUAAGUGGUAUUAUGAUUUGUCAGUUUUAAUGUUGGAAUUUGCAAUGUGAAAGUAAAUGAAUUUAUUAUUAUUUUACCUGUCUGUGUGUUGAAAUGUGGUUAAACACUAAAAACAUUUUACUUAGUACAUAUUUCAUAUUCUGCCAUUAAGAAUAUGUGAGAAAUGCCACUGUUGUCUUUAUCACUUCAGUAAAAAAACAUAUGCAGAUGUUACCUUGUCAGUUGUUCACAUUAAUUAAUUUCAUCCACUCAUUUCUUUUUCCUCCUUCAUUUUCUUUUUUUCCCCAGAUGGAAAUGCCAAGUAGGUCUUUUUUCACAGCCAGCAUUUUGACUUGUCAUAGCAGGAAAAGCACAGGUGUAAAUAAUAACAUUAGUGAUGGCUCUGUUCCAUUUAGGUGUCCCUGUAAACCAUGCCAGUGAGCCAGCAUGCACAAUACCAAGACUCUGUUACUGGAACACCAAAUUAGUUACACCUGUGCUUUCCCUGCUGUGAUAUUAAAAUAUCUCACAUGACAAUGGUCUUUUCAUUGGAUGUAUGAACUAGGAUAUGUUAUUGCGUUUGGCUUGUUCAGUUGUCAGUGUUGUUUUAAGCCUAUUGUAAUUUUAGCAUGUACUUGUAUAUAUCUGUGUUCAUAUUUAUGACACAACAGCAAUUUUGUCUGCUUCAGGCAUCCAUAUUGCUAAGACCACACUAAUUAUGAAUGAAAUAAAAACAAAUGUGCAUUCUGGUAGGUGAUUGCUGUAAAUCAUCAAAACCUGUUAAAAUCAUUAUAUAUGCCAGAAAUUUAGUUCGAGGUUUUACUUGAUUAUACUUAUUACCGAUGUCUUGUAAAAGUCUUUGUACUGUACUGUAAUUGCUACAAUAAUGAUCAAGUCAUUGUUUUCUCUCAUAGACUCAGUCCCAUGGUUAUUUAUUAUUUGAGUCAUAAGGUGUUUUUACAUUUAAAAAAGUAAUCCAGUGUGUUUGGUUUGUGUUUAUACUGAUGUAAAUCAAGUAUUCUUGAAUGAGACUUAUCAUGAGAUCAUUUUCCUUCUGAUUGUGCAGUUUGAUGUUGAAGUGAAUGACAGUGGAAAUGAUGGAAUUCAGCAUGUUUGAUGCCUCACAUUGCUUUGAAAGUUGCUGCAAUAUACAGUAUAAUAAGUCUUGUAUGGUAGCAUGCUACAUUUGUUUUUAAUUUCACCUUUAUGUUCAUAUCUAAGGUGAAAUUUUGGUCCUGUUUAAACCAACUGCUGUAUUAAAUACAAUUAAAAGUAAAAAUGCAAAUCAA